AACAAUUCUAUAAAUUUUAGUCGCGAAAAAUAAUCGUAAUCGAUGAGGAAAAGAUGUUUAAAAAUAACAUUGCGAGAUAAAGCUCGUAGAUUCAUGAUUUAAGCGCGAGAAAAGCGACUUCUCGAUAACAGAAAAGAUCGAUAACGUUAUUCGUGCAUAUAUGAUAUGAAUAAUUUUGCUAGAUUCCAUUGUUAUUUAAAUGAUUCAACAGCAACGUCAUAUUUCUAUAAACGCAACGCAAUUCCUCAGAAUUUUUCUGGAACGUUGGGCUUCCGGUUUUCUCCGGAUAUUUAACGGAAAUUCAAGAUCAAUUUGGUCCCAACUUCGUCACAUUUGCUGAUGCACUCGCGAGACACGCGACUUUGCGACGAGCGACGACGUUAACGACGACGGUGAUAUACUAGAUCGCGACGCGGGAUCUAGCGAGAGGCAUGAGGAAGCUAAGCUAAUCGAUCGCACAGCCUAGAUCAUCGAGAAAAUCGACAAGCACGAUGACUAUUUAUAGUUGAACCGGUUGAGGAUCGCGCGGAGGCUGAUCGAACACAAGGAUUUACGGGGGGGAGGGGAUUAUUAUGUUAGGAACGGGACUAUGCGUUUUGGUGAAGGUGUUGGUGCUGGCGGGGGCGGCCGUCGCACUCCUGCCGGAGGAGCACGAUCUGGAAGACCGUGUUGUUCCGAGCCUUCAGGAGGAAUGUGCCUCCAAAUGUCCGGAUCUAGAUCUUAUGCAGAAUCGUACGGAUGACUUGAGCUCGGAGGUGGGUUGCGGAGUAAAAUGUAAGAUCGAUCAGUGUACAAAAGGCUGCGAAGCAUGGGAACAAGCGCUCGACACAAGCUGCCAAGCUGUUUGCAAUGGAACACAAGAACUGUUACCGCCGAAAGAAUUAUAUUGCGUUUUGGGCUGCCAUGAUGCAUUAAAUCGUUAUUUCCAGCAGCUCAAAGCGGAAAUUGGCACUCCAUCGGCACCAGCACUGGUUGCGGAUUCAUUGACGGCGACCUCGCUCAGCCUUGAAUGGAAGAGCGGUAUAGAUAAACGCGCCGGAGGCAUAUCAUACUUGGUGCAAUGGAGAUACGAAGAGCUAGCUGGGACAUGGCAGUACUGUAGGAAUCAAUCAUGGGGUGAAGGUGAUCAGAUACUAGUCGAGAACCUGCAACCGUAUACUAAGUAUAGGUUUCGUGUAGCGAUGCUUCUGAAAUCGUCGCAACACAAUCCGGAACCGAUCGUGUCAGCGCCGAGUGUGGUAAUAUUAACUUGCCCAGCCGGUCUACCGACAUCAGCACCGGUAAUUGAUGUGCCAGUUAACGACAGUCACUACAUGUUUCAAAAUCUCGAAGCUAGAAAGAAUUAUUCUAUUAGUGUGACUAUGAGAAAUGGAGUUGGCGAAGGUCCAGCUGCAACUGUCUAUAUCUCUACGACUCCAGAACCUACUUUCAAGAAUACACAACAACCAAUUCUCAUUCUCGGAGAAGAACAUAAAGUCACGAUGCAGAGCGCCAAUAUGUUGGAUCCAGCCAGUGUUAUUUACAAGACCAAAAGUACAAUACGCGGAGUGGCAAUACACGUGGCAUUCGCUCAAUUAUAUGUUUCAACUUCGACGGGUUACGUGUAUCGUACCUCGAUUAUCGAGCGAUCGGAACCGGAAGUUAUUCUAAGUCCUGGUCGAGUGAACUUCAAACCAUUAAGUCUUUCCGUUGACUGGUUGAAUCUUCACUUAUAUGUAUUGGGAGAAGUAAAACAUGCCACUACCACAGUAUGGCAGAUAGUCAGAUGCAAUUUGGAUGGCAAAGGUUUGAUAGUAGCUAAGGCUGGAUUUUUGACACAACCCUCGCAAAUCGAAGUCGAUCCUUACAAUGGUUACAUUUUCUGGGUCGUUAAAGAAGGAUUGUUUAAAUUAGAUUUAGCGGAUAUCAGCAACGGUGUGAAACACGAGGUUCAACCAUAUUUAAUUCUCAAGGAUGGAAAUUUGGGUGCUUUCACGGUAGAUCAUAUGAAUUUUCGAUUGCUUGUUGCUCAUCACCGUAAUAAUACAGUGAUAGCGCUGCCUUUCUAUGGUCGUGACUAUUUUGAUCAGCGCCCCAAUAUACAAACACCCAUAUUCAAUCACGUUGUUUCUUUAGCUAUGGCAAAUGGUUUAUUUUAUUGGACUAAUGGUGCAAAUGUUCUAACCGAAGGCUAUCAUCAUGAACAAAAAAAAUAUUUUCACAAUUUCUAUCUUGACAGGUCCGACACUAAUUUCAUCAGUGUGAACGUAUUGAUGAAUGCAAGCCAACCCAUUCCCGUUCCAGUAAAUCCACCUACGGGAGUACAAGCUGUCCUAGGAGCAGAAAAAGCCAAGAUCUCCUGGCAAGCUCCUCAUUUACUAGGUUCUCAAGGAAAAGGUGCUUAUCAAAACUGGUCGUAUGAGCUGGAAAUAAUAGACGAAUCGACUGGCGAAACUAUUCAUCAGAAAGACAUCGUUGGAUUGUCACAUACUGUCUAUCAUUUGCGAGAAAAGUCGAAAUAUUCCAUCAAAGCUGCGGCAUACACGAAUGCUGGUAGAGGACCAUGGUCUGCGGAGUUUCGCGGGCGAACUUUAACAGAUGGUUCGCACGCGUCUAUUUUGUGGUCGUCGAACGAGGGACUUUUGAGAAGCGACGUAACCGGUGAAAAUAUAGAUACGCUGAUUUCUAAAACAAAUCUGAGAGAGUCCGAGAGUGAAUUCCACAUUGUCGACGUUAGCUGGUAUAAGGAUGUGCUGUACAUAGUAGGAAAUAAUUCCGCGCUAUAUUGUUAUAAUGUUAGCACUCAUCAGCUGACGAGGCUUAUCACGCAUUCAGUGGGAAGUGUCGCCGUGGAUUGGUUAUCGAAGAAAUUGUAUUGGGCGAAUCCAAAGCAACAGAUAAUAACAAGAGCAAAUUUGAAUGGAUCUCAACAAGAGCCGAUGAUCUUAGCAAUCGUGAAAGAACUUAUGAUUGAUUCUCUAGAAGCAUACUUGUAUUGGUCUACUGGUCACGCUGUGGAGGUUGCACGAUUGAAUGGCCAGAACAGGAGAUAUUAUCAUUCGGAUGAAAUUUUUAAUGGCAAACAAGUGAUGGGACUCACACUCGACACCGAAAAUAGAUAUGUCUAUUGGAUCGUUCGAAGCUACGAAAGCGGAUCCAUCGUUUAUCGAGCACCUACAUCCGAAAGAAUUCCAAUGAAUCACCAAAUCGUUCCGGAAAAGGUUUCUGUUUUAAAAGAUCCAAAUGUGCAAGGACCUGUAUGUUAUUUCUCCGAGCAUCUGCUAUGGCUACAGGACGGUACGAAUGCAGUGAUAGGUGAUCUCUCUGGUCAAAAUACCGCCGUGAUCAACGGAAUCACUUUAUCCGGCUUACAUAUGGUGGCCGUUAUGGAUCCCGCGCUUCAUCAAUACCCGAAGAAUUUAACUUCGGAAACCGUAAUGGUUUCACCGAACGCUGUCGAUAUUAAUAGCAUAAGAGUCGAAGGAACUUGGAGAAAUUUUAACAUAUCAUGGGAUCCAGUGGAAAACAUUAAUUAUGGCACGGUUUUCUACGAAGUAAAGUUCGCGGAUUACAUCAAUACGAAUUCGAAUCCGGAAAUCACGAACGAAACGACAAUACCGUAUAACAACUCGGAUCAAAUUCUUCCUUACUCCGUCCUGGAGGUUACUGUAAAAGCUUUUACUUACUGGGAAUCGGCACAUAAUUCGCGGAAGAUCUUGAAAUCACCGGAGAGCAUGCCGACUCAGCCGAUGUUUCCUAGGGCUUUCGUGGACAAAGAGUUCCAUCAUGAGUUCCGUCAUCAUGAGUUCAUAACAAACGAUCGUCUCGUGAUAUUCAGAUGGAAUCAGCCUCAGUUUACAAAUGGAGUGAUUGAAAGAUACAUGGUCCAGUGUUGGUUCAUCGAAAAUCAAAACCGAAUUCAAAUCUGUAACGAUCAAAACAUCCCAGCCUCGACAUUGGAGUAUACAGUACAUAAUCUAAGACGCAAUAUGACAUAUUACUUUCAAGUACGAGCAUAUACCAAAAUUGGUCCUGGUCCUUACACGGAUUUAAUCAACGUGUCGACCACAUACGAAAAUCCAGUGCCUCAAUUAUUAGUCGCCACCGCGGAUGCUGUAAGAAUGUCUGACUUGGAUCGAGAGAUCAAUUACACGCUCACUAGGCACAGCGCUACAGACGUCAAUUAUCUGGAAUUUGAAAAUGAAAUUUAUUGGAUUAGUGAGAUGCAGGAAUUAGUGACAUCGGAGAUCAACGGAGCCAACGCCACAAAAAUACUUGCUUUGAAAAAUAGCGCGCACAGCCUUUGCAUCGAUUGGGUAGCAAGAAAUCUGUAUUGGACAGAAUAUAAUAGUACUAAUUCAUAUAAUCGAGAAAAUAGCGGCUAUAUCAUGAAACUGGACUUAACUAUGUGGAAAGUUGGCGAAGUUAAAUAUAAUAAUAUUGUAAAAAGAGGGAGAUACAUUCCAGUUUUAGAUAUACUGCCGUCUUUGAGAUCUUUAUAUUGGAUUGAAGCGAUAAAUGAUCGAGGAAUAAUAAUGCAAUCGGAUCUCGACGGGAGAAACGUGCAACCGUUUUUCAAAAAUAAUGUAAAUAAAACAUGUACCUGCCCAUUUAGUAGUUUAUCGGUAAUGCCGAUGAUGACAGUUGAUAAAACUAAUAUCCAAAAACCGAUGAUAUACUGGGUAUCAAUGGAGGGACAUUUAAACGUAGCUGACAUUUACGGUUGCAUGUGCAAUGUAGUAUACGCGGACUUCAAAACAGCGACUCUCACGUCUCUCACGGUUGACAAGGUGAAUAUAUACUGGGCCAAUGCAACAGAAAAUCGAAUCUAUUUCAUGAAAAAGGAGUAUCCUUUUUCUAUGAACAAAGAAAAUAUGUCUAAACCGGAGAUAAAGAGCGUCUAUCUGUCUAACGUACGUCACAUCAUAGCCUUCGGCAAAUCUCUGCAAACUUAUCCUGCAACGAAAUGUCUGAUACCUCGCCGAAAAGCUUACACUAUCGAACGAGUGAAUGCAACGGCGACUAGUAUCGUCGUCAAUCUUCCGGAGACGAAUCCCGAGAUCGGUUGCGAGAAUUAUAGUCUACCCAGCACGCUAUAUGUUAUCCAUGUGCGUUGUCAGGAGUGCGAAGGUUUCGAGUUGCAAACAUAUGAACGACAUUACGAGAUCCAGAAUCUGAAGCCAUUCACAAACUAUACGUUGCAGUUAAUAUUGAGUAAUGUUUACAUCAAGCAAUACAAACUGCCUACCUUAUCAGGCUUAGAUGUAGUGCUGAUGACUGAUCCAGGCAAACCUUACGCACCGGAAAAUUUUACGGUUCAAGUGCUAACGCCAACCUUGGCAGCGGUUUAUUGGAUGCCGCCUAAGAUAUUAAAUUGUGCGGCUGUGCAUUACGAGGUACAUUGGAUAUCGCCUCUCUUGGUGAACGGGUCUCGACACAAGGGCGAACAGGUGAUGAAGGAUAAGCUCCAGCUUACGAAGGAUGGCAGGUUUUUCACGAUGUUGAAACCAUUCCUGCCAAACCAGGAGUAUCAGGUAUACGUGCGUGUGUAUCCUGUCAAUUUUACCAAUUUAUACAAUGAGACCCUUAAAAAAACUAUCAACAUGUAUUCGGAACCGAACAAUUUAACUCUAAGCGAAAGAAGCGUGAAUAGUAUGAAUAUUUCUUGGAUCCCGAGCAUCAAUCUAACGAUCAGCUACACACUGCAAUACAAGGAUGUUUCGUUGGACACGCGAUGUCCAAUGCAAAAUUGCGAUUGGCAAAUCGCAGACAACUUUGAAAAAGCUUUGACAGAGUUGAAACAGUACAAAAUAACAUAUCAUAUAAGAAAUUUACAACCGCGUACAUUGUAUAAAUUUCGUCUGAUAUUGAAAUAUUCCACAUAUGCGGAGGACUUUAUAUGGCCGUCUGAUGAAAGAUUUACAUUUCAAACGUUAGGUGAUGUCCCGAGUGCUCCUGGAAAACCUACGGUAACGAGACUUCGAAAUUCUGUAUACCAAUUAAAUUGGGAACCUGCUCAAGCUCAUGGUUCACAAGUAACUUUAUAUCAAUUGGAAGGCUUAAUCACCGACAAUUACAAACAAGAUAACGAAGCCACCGAGAACGAAUACUGGAAUUUAUAUUAUAAUGGAACGGAUAAUUACUGGAUAAUUCCCGGAGACAUAGAUCAAUACGUAAAAUUUCGUGUGCGAGCUAAAAAUGCCUAUGGUUUCGGCGCUUGGAGCGAAUCAAGCUCGAUCAUUGAUCUAACAGAAUCUGCCGGAGGAUUAAUAAAUAUAACGGCACAGCAGCACUUACCAUUCAUGUUAGGUCUUAUCGUAAUCGUUAUUAUUGUAAUGUUGGUUUGCUUCUGCUAUUUUUUCUGCCCAGUUUACCGACAACGCAAAGAAGAUAAAAAGGCAGUUUUACCUCCAAUAAUAUCCGACGUUGAAUUAGCAACUCUUCGCGAGAUACCUCGUGGGAACUUUGUUCAAUCUAACGUAUUAUACGCUUCUACGUUGCAAAAUGAUCCGGAUGAUUCUGCGUUGCCUAAAAUCAAACAAGAACAAAUCACGUUAGCAAAAUUUCUAGGUAGUGGUGCAUUCGGAAAGGUAUUUCAGGGAGUAGCCAAGGAUUUAGAAGGGCCGGGCAUAACACCUGUUGCGAUAAAGAUGCUGCGAAAGGAUGCUUCUUCGCAAGAGAAAACAGAAUUUUUGCAAGAAGCCAGACUAAUGAGCCAUUUUCGACAUAAACAUGUGUUAAGGCUAUUAGGCGUUUGUUUGGACACCGAUCCUCCCUUACUCGUAUUGGAAUUAAUGGAAGCUGGUGAUCUAUUGAGUUAUUUGAGAGAGAAUCGAGCCUUACAACCCACAGAUUCGCGCGCUUUGCGUCUGCAAGAUUUGCUCGCCAUGUGCGAAGAUGUUGUGCGGGGCUGUCGUUACCUGGAGGAAUUGCAUUUCGUGCACAGAGAUCUCGCGUGUAGAAAUUGUUUGGUGUCAGCGAGGGAUCGCGAGAAUCGUGUCGUGAAAAUCGGUGACUUUGGACUAGCUAGAGAUAUUUACAAGAAUGAUUAUUACCGUAAGGAAGGGGAAGGUCUAUUACCUGUUCGUUGGAUGGCACCGGAAUCCUUGGUGGAUGGGAUAUUUACUUCACAGAGUGACGUUUGGGCAUUCGGUGUGUUAAUAUGGGAAAUUACGUCGUUGGGUCAGCAACCUUAUCCUGCCAGGACUAAUCUCGAAGUGUUACAUUACGUGCGUGCGGGUGGUAGGCUGCCGAAACCUCUCAACUGUCCAGCGACAUUACAUCAAUUAAUGAUGCGUUGCUGGGACACAGCGGACGCUAGGCCAAGCUUCAAGAUUUGUCUAGAAAACAUCGUCGCCUUGAGAAGCAACAUAGAAGACGCAAUAUUGAGUCCAGUGCAUACUGGACAAUAUUUAACUCGCAGAGGAAACUCCUGGAAGUCCAGCAGCUCCGAAGGAAGCCGAGAUAUGCAACCUUUCCUCCAAAAUUCAAACUAUGCCAUGCUCAAUCGGCAAUCCGGUGAGGUUCCGAAGUAUCUAGAAUUAUUAGCAGAUAACGAGGAUGUCUUAAAAGAAAAUCCUACGAGUGGUUACGAAGUACCUCGUUCGAGUCAGAUCUCGGAUCAAAAUUUAGCAAAUAUAAACAUGAUUAAUUGCAUAAAUCAAGAUCGUAAAUGCAGUUUGCCCACCGAGAUCACACAGGAACGUAAGGAACAUUCCACGGAAGAACGGAAGCAAGCUGAUGGAAAAUUAUAUGAAAAGAGAUCAUCGAUCACUAGUCUCAAUUUGCCAGAACGAAAGGGUGCGUCGAUUUCGGGAAUACCUGAAAAAUAUAACACAUUGGACAGCUCGAAGUCGGUGAACUCAGUUGCAAAGACGAUACCAAAGAGGGAUUCUUUCUCGUCCUUAAACGGACGAAAAUACAGGACUGAUUUGAGCGGACGAAGGGAUUCUGAGACGAGCAUCGAGGGUAGGAGCUCUAGUUCGCACAGCUUGGCGCCUUCCACGCGUCCCAGUUCGUCCUUGAUCAAUUCGCAAACAGUCCUCCCAUGCCUGAAGCUUAACGUCCUCGCGACCGUUGCAGGAAACGGAGAAGUGCCUUCGAACGAGAACGCGAUGACAAAGUGUACGUUACCGAAGAUCCAAAAGACUCACUCAAACUUGCAAAAUGGCAAGGCAAAUAUACCGCUUGUAAUAAAUAGCGCGUUAUUGAAUCUACUGCGACAAACGCCAGUAGUUGAGGAAGGCAACAACAUUGUAACGUAUACAAAUAUAAGUGCGGAUGCUGUCAGAGUGAAUGGAUCAUAAAUCGUUGAUCGUAGUGAAUCUAAAAAAAAAUGAAAAUUUUAUGAAUUAUUUUUGAAUUGACAAAUAAUUAUCAAAGUUAAUAAUUAAAUGUUCUGAGUUAUGCUCGGGUAGAUUUAUAGGACUUGGAACAAAAAAAUUAUAAUGACAAUAAUUUCUAGAUUAUUACGAGGUACUAUUUUCUCCAUGGCGUUUUUUUGUAAAUGAUUUUUAUAGUAGAUUUAUUUCAAGAUCUUAGCAGUUUAGAUGGAUUUAUUUUGUUAAUUCGUUGAAAGAUACAGCUAGUACGAUUUUGCUCAAAAAAAUUUUCUUUUUUUUAUUUUAGCACAGGUGCCUUAAAUAUAUAUGAAAUGCACAUAACAUAUUAAAAAACUCUGCUUAUAUUAAAAUUGGAGCAUCUUAUAUGUAAAGAAAAUGAAAAGUUACAGCGAACAGAGUUCAAUAGCUUUAAACUGCCAUUAUAAUGUACAUAUAUCAAUUUUUAUACUCAAAAACUUAUGCAACUUAUGGCAGACCGUUUGUGACAUAUAGAUAUUGCGCGAUUUUAAUAAUAAUCGCAAAACUGUUAUUUAAUAUAAGAAUAU